CCGGCCAAAACGCAAUUCAUUCCAGAAUAAAAAAACGUUGGAUACAAUAUGAUUUUUGAUAAUACAUCCAAUAGGUUGAAACUUACAGUAUUAGCUUAGCGUGCUUUCUCCUUUUCACGUGACGCGUGAUUGGUUAAAAGAUUCUGGAUGAGUGAUUUUAAUAGGAAAAUUUAGCGUGAUAUGUAAAUGUAUUUUGCCACCCUCAUCUUUCAUCCUCGAAUGGCAGAAUAAUCUGAACGGGCGCAUUUGCGUGAACAUUGCGAACUUGUAAUUGGUUUCGCGACUCGAUAAAUCUAGUCAUGGUGGAAUUAAUGAGCUUCUCUGGGUACUUCAAUCUCAAGAGGAUCCCUCUAAAGUUCUCAUGCUUCAGCAAAUAGAUGUGGUGAGAAUGAAAGACAGUUUUUGCACGGUUUUUUGUAUGGCCUUUCCGCUCUAGCGGACAAAACUAGAUUUGUCCCAAAGGACAAACUUUGUCAAAUUAGACAAUUGGGGCAAAUUUGUCGGCGCUGCGUUCGAAGAUUUGUCCGCUUCGGCCAAAAUUUGUCAAGUCAUGACAAACCAUCUGCAUUUUUAAAUGUUCAUGAUGAAAAAAAAUUUGUCUUGUAAACAACUUUUUCGCCCGAGCGGAAAGGCCCAUAGUCAUCGGUAAUAACAUACAUAUAUUUUUCUCUAUCUUUCUUUCGUUAUUCGCUGCAAAUACUGAAAUGACCGGCAGCCGAGCACGGUCUCAAAUAGACUAAAUGCCCGGCAGUUAGUAAUGUUUACAGAAGACUAUCUUAUAAUAGUUUAUCUUAUUUAUUGUAUUGUAACCAGCAGCGUAAAAGCGACUUGUCUUUAUUAAGAACCUACGAAGCUAACAACGGGCGAGCUGAAAACAACCCUUUGGGAAACACCUCGGGGUUCCCAUGUGCUGACACGUACUUCGAGUGAUAAUAAGUUAUUAUAUGACUCAAUAAACGAUUCAAGUCUUCUUUCGAAAACGUCAUGGAGAUACAAUCGAAGUAUGAGCAAUAUUGCGUGUUUAACCAAAGGUAUUAGAUAUAUUAGGAAUUUUGAUCUAAAACUAAGUUUACAAGCAGAGCUCCUUAUGUUUUCUUUUCUUUGCACGUGCAUGCGAUCUAUUGAGUUAAACGCUAUUGGGCUUUGCACCUACUUAGAUGGGUCACUUUGCUCUAAGUGGCUAAGACUGGGAGACACUGAACUAGGGAAAUUGAUUAUGGACGGGUGCAAUGUCGAGUCCACUGAACUCACUUUGUACUCAUUUAAACGCCAUUUAGAUAUGCCCAACACGACUUAAAAUUAAUGUAGGAAGUUGUCAUGGCACUGAAAUCUGGUAAUUUAUCUGCAACAUGUGCCAUGCAUACACCAUGCAUUCCCUUCUCUUCCUGCCCUGUACUGUGAAAUGUCCCAAAAAUUGAGUGUUUUUUUUUUUUCACAGAAUUUGAAGGUGUUCUAAGAGCCACGACAGAUCCUACAAAUUAAGUCUUGUGCAUAGCCAUUUCAACAACCAGCACCAUGAGAAAACUGCAGCUCUUCUUUGUGACAGUUGUCAUCUUAACCCUUGUAUUAGUGAAAUUUUUCUCAUCAUAUCUUCACAUUACAACUAGGAGUCAUUCACAAGUACUGGUAAGUGAUUUAAGACGUCUAGCAGUAGACCUUUCUGAGACACAGCGCAGCUUGGUACAUUUACCAUUGCAGUUCUACAAAGUUGAACGAAAUAUUGAGCUGGUAAAGCAACUGAUAAAAUCUGUCGAUGGACAGCCACUGCAAAAGGACACUGUUUCCAGCAAUUCUUCUCCAGAAACUUAUGUUAAAAAGAGAGAGGUUUGCCCUGAGAAAUAUAUGGGAAAGGAUUCUUCUUAUGGAUUCCCAUUUUAUAGGAAAGGUUUUGAAGGAGAAAAUUGCACAGACUUUGUCCCAAUUGAUGAACUUGUGACUAUGAUUAUUACAUCACCAAAGGAACUAUCACCUGAAAAGCUGAGAAAAGUGUUUGAAGGAGUUUCCACAUAUUAUCCAAGUGUACCUGUGAUAUUUGUUUCAAACAAAACAUUGAAGUUCAAGUGGCUGAAAGAAGUAAGUUUAAGACUUACUUUCAUGGCAUUUGAUGACCUUACACAUGGAGAAACAUGGUCCAAGUUACUCAAGAUGGUGGCCACACCCUAUGCACUCUUUGCACCAGAUAUCACUUACUUCACUGAUGAUGUUAAUCUUGAACGCCUUGUACGGGUACUGAGUGAGAACAGGGAUACCAUCCUUGUAGGGGGAAGCCAAAAGAAUCAACGGGGGGAGUGGGACAAUAGCUGUCGUCAAGUGCAAUUCAGAAAUUGGACUGCAUACUUUUCAGACAGGUAUUACCACUCGUUUAAUGACUGUGUACAAUGUGAUGUGCUGCUUGGUCCAUUUAUGGCAAGAACCAAAGAACUCCAGGAUUUUGGAAUUGAUGAAAAACUACAUUUUGGUUCCUUUCAAGACAUAUUCUGGCAAUUAAAACUCAAACAUCCAGAGAAAGUUGUUGCCAGCUGUCCUGAUGUCAUGUUCAAUAUAUAUGAGCAAGAAAUUCCAGAUGAAAAAUAUGAUGCCCUGGCCCAGAAAUGGGAUGUGAAGAAAUGGGUGGAGUCUAAUGGGCAAGUGCGUUGGUAUGGGUGCCGAAGAGGAGGGCAUGCCCGUGAUAAUAAAUCGUCCUGUGGUAUACCAGCCACAGGACUCGCUGUUCCUCCUUGUGACUUGGAGAAUCUUGCUGACAUAGUCAAGUUUAUCAUGAAGGAAUGUGAAAAUGCUGGGAUUUAUUGUGAACUUAAUGCAGGAACUCUAUUAGGAGCUGUUAAAUUCAAGGGGGUUUUGCCAUGGGAACGUGAUGCUGACAUCCAAUUUCCUUCAGAGAACUACACAGCAUUUCAAAAGCUUCGUCCGAGAUUUGAAGCAGCAGGCUAUAAAUUUGACGAUAGAAAAGGAACUGAAUGCUGCACAGAUGGACGCAAGACAUCCGGCAUUUUUGUAAUCUAUAGAAAUGGCUGGGGUGUUGACGUUUAUGGUAAACCCAGGCUUGAGUCUGAGAUGCUUGUAGCUAAUGGUCAGCAGCCAACUAAAGUGAUGUUUGCUGGUCAGUGGGUUACUGCCAUGCGCAAUCCAGGACUUUCUGCUCGAAAUCGAUAUGGACCUAAUAUUUAUAAGCAUGUAGAGCAUUGGUAUGACAUAGGGAUGAAGAGUGGGGUUAUGCACUACAAAUCAGGUGUCUUCACCAAAUGUCCACAGCCGGGACACAUGGGGUGUUUAGACCAGCUCCGUCCUGAUGGCAAUCUUCAGUUAGGUGACAGCUCUGUCACCUAAAUUGCUUUACAUGCCAACUCCAACAUGUAACAAGCAAACAGAGGCAAAAUGAAAUGGUCUUUCACAGGCCAAGAAAAAAGAUAUCUUUUGCACAAACUAUUUAGGAAUACAGCAAGGGUUAGACAAGGGGCCCAACAUGAUUUGUAGUAAAUAAAAGUUACACGAGAUGGAAGAUAGACAAACAAGGACAUGGAGGAAGACUUGCUGCUUCCACAUUCUCUUUGCUGAGUAUUUGAUUAACAUGUCAGCGAACUUAUGGAAUUUCAAGUUGCAGUGUUCUUAAAAUAUAAAAUUAGCUUGAAAAGUGUUAAUCGAUGUUUAUGUCCUCAACAUUGUACACAUUUAUACCUUUGUUACUUUAUUUUAGUAUUGAUGUACCGUUUUACUAUAAGUAGCUAACAAAUGAUCAUUGACAUCAAUGAGAAAUUAAUGUGUGUGUGAUAACUCAUUGAUGUCUUUAUGGAGUAAUUACUGAUUAAUUAAAAGAGCACAAGACAGAAUUUCUCCUUUUGAUAUCAACAAAAUAUCAAGCAGAAUAGGGAC